UAUAUCUCUAAGAAACGGGAAACCAACGUUUUAGACAUUUCAAUACACAGAGUUCUGAAUCACACACCAUACUCCAUCCCGCGAAGUCUUAUGGAUGAAAAACAGAAGCCGAGUAUUCGCAUCUAUUGCCGGAAGCUCCACAUAGCAAAUGAAACUGGCCUCCAAUGGCUUAUUGGGUCUCCCUUCUUCCCACCUCUCACUAUCAUUUCUACCUUCCGUUGUAUACACACCAUCCCCUCCAAUCCAUUGUCUCCGAACUUCUCUAAAGAAUCAGAUGAUCUAAGGACAUUGCUACCUAAGGGUUUUGAGGUAAUUGGAGCCAUGAUAGUAGAAAAGGACUGUGAUCUCAAUCAAACCGCGAAUGUUGCUAUUGAUUUGACUCGAAAACUAAGGGAGGUGCUAUAUGACGAUACGAAAGAACAAGAUUUGAUUGGAGCUGUAGUGGAUUUGAACUGCGGUGGGAAUGCCCAGUUUUUUGUGCCCAGAGUUGGCGGGAAGUUGGAGAAUGUAUGUUUUUCUGUACAAGGAGAAGAGGAGAAGCCAGAGAAGUUCGUUUUCGUUUGGGGACGAGGCUGCUUGAUUCGCUGUGAGCUCCCAAUUAAGCUGCCUUUGUAUUACCCUCAGAAGCAUAGUCCUGAAGUUGUUCAUGAUAUAUAUACGUGUGCAAUUGAUGCUAUUGUUUCUUCACUUAGAGAUCCACAAUUGACGUUCAUUAUUGAAGCACUAAACCAAGUUUCAGCUGCUGUUCCACCUAUCAUCCUUCAGGACUUGGAAGAAUCCCACGCUCAACUAGCUGGUUUGGCUUACAGUGAACUUAGUAAUAAAAGCUCUAGCGCAAAAACAUUGUUGUGUUCAGACUUGUUUCAAACUAGCGAAAAUAUGGCAACAUUUAGCUCUAUAGAAGAGAGUGCAGAUAAAAUCCAAGUAAGCAUUUUUCUUGAUAAAUCAAGGGAUCCUCUCAAACCUGUAUCAACUGUUUCCGAGUAUUGUCCAGCUUCAGAAGAGACAAAACUUUUGGUUUUAGAUCACAAACUUGAAGUACUUUGUUACGCUUCAAAGGAAUCUACAUUGAGAUUUGUUGUGUCAAAAUUAGUCAUUCCUGCUUUAGUUGACCAAUUACUUUCAGUAAAGAACAAAAUCUCCAAUGAUCUCUUGGUGGGGUAUCCAGAUUUACAUCCAUACCACUUUGUUCCUUCAGGAUUCUUGCAUCCUAUCACAGUUCUAUAUGAACUCAACUAUGGGGAAACAGAAAUAAAACAAGUUGAAGCAAGAAAGUCCCUUCAUUUGAGGCUUGGCUUGCCUUUUGAUCGCCCUCUUCUUAGAAUUGCAAAUGCUAUAAAUCUAGUAGCCGUAAAAGAUGCCAAAACAGGCACUGCAUGCAAGGGUCCCUUUUUGCUCAAGGAUGUACAUAUAGGAAUUCCAUGUAGUGGUGUUUCUGAAGGAAAUACUUCAUUAGUUCAAGGUUCUUAUGAGUACUUUCACUACCUCCAAGAUGGAUUUGAUGACUCGGGAUGGGGUUGUGCUUAUCGUUCUCUACAAACCAUCAUUUCAUGGUUCAGACUGCAAAAGUAUACUGCAGUUAAUGUUCCUUCUCAUAGAGAAAUACAACAGGCUCUUGUGGAGAUUGGAGAUAAGGAUCCUUCGUUCAUAGGGUCACGUGAUUGGAUUGGAGCCAUCGAGCUUAGCUACGUUUUGGACAAACUGCUUGGAGUUGAGUGUAAAGUCAUAAAUGUGAGAUCCGGAGCAGAGCUUCCAGAAAAAUGCCGAGAGUUGGCACUGCACUUUAAAAAUCAAGGGACGCCUAUCAUGAUAGGUGGUGGUGUUCUUGCAUAUACACUGUUGGGUGUGAAUUACAAUGAUGCUACUGGGGAUUGUGCAUUUCUGAUACUGGAUCCCCACUACACUGGCAGCGAUGAUCACAGGAAAAUUGUCAAUGGCGGAUGGUGUGGGUGGAAGAAAGCAGUCGAUGGCAUGGGAAAGCAUUUCUUCUUGCACGAUAAGUUUUAUAAUCUCUUGCUUCCUCAGAGGCCCAACAUGGUAUAGUUUGUGUUACUGAUGGAUCAUUAUCACAUAGCAGGUUCUAUACUUCUAUAGGAGCUAGGUAUAUGUAAGGUACCUUUCAAUAGCUAAGAACAAUGAGUAGUAAUAUUACAUGCUGGUUUGCGGGUGUGGCACAAUAAACCGACACCGAAAAACCAUUCUGAAAUCCCAAACAAGUAUUUUUUUUUUGUUUAUCGUACCCAUAUUAUUAAAAUAUUUGGUCUGGUUAACCGGAUGAAAAUCAUGAAAUAGUGGAAAAUCUGUGGGUGGUAUGGUAACAAUAAAAAAUCUAUGCAUGUUUGGAUUUCAUGCUUCGCGCUUUAGCACUAGCGUUAUUGUGCCCCAAAUUGUUUAAUAAAUAUAGUCUUUUUCUCUUGUAUUAC